UUGCGACACCAUCUGCAGCCACCGUGGGAAUGUAGUUUUUAACAGUGACAACUCCAAAUAGGUGUUUACAUAGUCAAAUAUUUUUGUACGAACAAUGAAUUGGAAGUGUCAUUUGGUUCGGUCGAGAUCUAGCUCACCGGUUAUGUCAUACGUCUGAUAUUAUGGACAUAUUUGGGCGUUUUGUUGCGAAUUUGCUAUUCCGGGGUGCUAGCCAGUCAGCUAGAUAGUUAGCUAAAUUACUCAACUAGUGUCACUUCAGGGAAAUGUUUUGUGAUACAACGGAAACAUAAUUUCACAGUGGUUCACAACUCCAAGAGUUGGUCCUUUAUUGUCGUGUUAAUCGAAGACCCGUCUUAUACAGGAUUCCUUCGGAAUUUGGCCUGCUUUCGAAGAGUCGUGAUGCUGAACGUCCCAUCCCAGUCGUUCCCUGCAGCCGGCUCUCAGCAGCGUGUUGCUCCAGCCGGUCAGUCCGGCAGGAACAAGGUAGCAUUGAAGCCUGGCCACAGUCUGAUGGACUGGAUCCGUGUGGCUAAGAGUGGCCGAGACCUGACAGGGCUGAGAGGCAGACUCAUAGACGUCACGGAGGAGGAGCUGCAAAAACACAACACACGUGAUGACUGCUGGACCUGCAUACGAGGCAUGGUUUAUAAUGUGAGCCCCUACAUGGAUUUCCACCCUGGAGGAGAAGAGGAACUGAUGAAGGCAGCUGGGAUAGACGGAACAAACCUUUUUGACCAGGUUCACCGUUGGGUGAACUAUGAGUCCAUGCUAAAGGAGUGUCUGGUAGGGAGGAUGGCUGUGAAGGCCAGCACUGCUCUUAAAGCUCAAUCUGUGAUAAAGGACAGCAUCACUCAUUUAAAUGGUCUAGCCCCCCCUCCUCCGCCUACCUCCACGCUUCCUCCUGCUUUCCUCACCCCUCCCUCACCCUCCUCAUCGAUGCAACCCUCAGCCGCCCCGCCACCACCCCAACCCAAAGACGCCCGGCCCAGGUAUGACUGGUUUCAAACUGAUGUCACAGUCAAUAUUGUGGUUUACACCAAACGGAAGCUCCCCAGCUCUGGCUGUACCAUAGUUGACCUGCAAGAUGGUGUUCUACGGGUGGAAGUUCUUCUGGGGAAAAUGUCCUACAUGCUGCGUCAACGUCUAGCCCAAGAAGUAGAUGGAAGCGUUGCUGUCCACACAGCGUGUGCUGUGGGGAAGAUUCAGGUCAGCAUGCGUAAAGCGGCCAAAGGAAAGUGGGAGGAGCUUGGUGAACCACUGGAAUUCCAUGAUUCUCUUUUCAGGAAGAAAGAUCGAGCGAUCUUCUACAGAGAGUGUAUGUUAGUUUCUAAGACAGCGGUCACACACGACACCUGGGUGUUCCGGUUACAACUCCCUCUAGGGACGCUCAUGCACGUGCCGGUUGGGAAACACAUCUACCUCAAGUCCCUCAUCCAAGACAGUGAGGUGAUGAAGCCCUACACGCCAGUCGAGGAAACAGUGGUACCAGCUACACUGGACUCCACACAGGGGACUGCAGCCACUGACAUCUUCCUCAUGAUCAAAGUCUACCCAGAUGGAGUGUUGACUCCACACCUAAACAACCUCAACAUCGGUGACCACCUGUCUGUCAGCAGCCCAGAUGGUCCGUUCAGUUUCCGCCUCCUGCGUGAGGUCACUCACCUCUACCUGUUAGCAGCCGGCACGGGGUUCACGCCGAUGGCUCGGGUGAUCCGAUUGGCCCUCCAGGACCUGCGCUCACUCAGGAAAACCAAGCUGAUGUUCUUCAACAGACAGGAAAGAGACAUCCUGUGGCACUCUGAACUUGACGGCCUCGCUGCUGAAGAUGAGAGGUUCCAGGUGGAGUAUAUUCUGUCAGAGCCGUGUGAUGGGUGGACAGGCAGGAAGGGGCGGAUUGAGGCCUCCAUGCUGACUGACUUCCUGGUUAGGCCUGAGGGGUCAAAGGUCUUUGUGUGUGUGUGUGGCCCCUCAGCCUUCACCGAGCUGACUGUGGGGUUGGUGAGAGAGCAUUGUUUCAGUGAAGAGGAGAUUCAUGCGUUCCAGGGCUGAGUGUCAGUCUCAGACCUGACAUAUCUCAACCUUACAGUCUGAGGUGCCAACGGGACUUGGAGAGAACAACGUGUGUGUGUGUGUGUGUGUGUGUGUGAGAGAGAGAGAAGUGUGUGUGUUUGAGAGAAAGGAGACACAAUUUGUGAGAGAGAAGAGAUGUUAUUAGGCUGCCGGCCAAUGUGUUUUUUUGGAACAAUGUCUUUCUAUGCAUUGUAGACUGAGCUGAUGGACCUGACUCCUGUGGUUAGCAGCUCUGUCUCUCUCUAUUUCUGUGUGUCUCUGUCUCACUCUCUCUGGUGCUUUGAAACACGGAUGGACAGUCAUUCUCUCUGGACGCCAAGGAUGUGACCGCUGGGCUCUCUGAGCUGGUGAAUCACACACAAAGGAUGAAUGGCCAAUUACCCAGCAGCACUGAACCCUCAGGUCAACAUCAUCAGCUCACUGUCUGUCUCUCUCUGUACCAGAACUCUUUGAACUGUCCUGUCCUUGUACACUCCUCUGCUCUGACGAGAGAGAGAGAGGGGUCUGGGGUUGUUUAUGAGAGGUCACUACCAUGUCUUACAUACUGUAUCUCAAUCUAUCUCACAGUCCCACACAUCCACUACAUUGUGAUGUUAUUUUUGCUGUCGCUCCCCCCCAAAAAGCAGGACUUUGUGAGUGUUUAAUAUUUAGUUCUGAUCAUUACAUCUUCCUUUUGUUGAAGAAGUAAUGAGAAUGUCCAACCUGCUGUUGGCAUAUGAGACAUCCUCCUACAGAGAGUUAUUAUUAUUCAGCUAGUUGUUUUGGCUGUGCUGCUGUUGCAUCUGGUCUCUUCUGCAGCCUGUGGUUCUGUUUGAGAGAGACUGAUGGUUAAGCAGACCAGUCUUCAGUAUCAGUACAUUUACAAUCUCUCUUUCCUCUUCUCUCUUUCCUCUCUCUCUCUCUCUCUCUCUCUCUCUCUCUCUCUCUCUCGUUGAUGUUGUAGUACUCACAGUAGGUGGGGAAUACCAAUGGGAAUACAUUACAUAACACACUUACGUAAAUGUAUUUAAUUAAUUAAAUGAUAUUUUUUACUAUAUGUAUUUAAUUCAUUAAUACCUCAAGCCCACAGUGAUCUGAUUAAGUGCUUGAUGUUUGAUGCAGUUAAAUGAUUCUAAAAUGCACCCGGGAACCCUGACCAUGCGUCCUUUACUCUUUCUCACUCUUGUGAAAUACAUGAGGUUGGUAAGGCACCAACUAUCGUGAUUUCUCCUCGUGGAACAUCAAACUGCCAGACCGAACUAUGUCAAUCCUGCAGAGUUGUUCUAUGCUAUGAGUGCUCCCUCUGGUAAGAUGUAGCUCCUCUAUUAACCUAAUAAGAGGAGCUCUUAUCUGGCUGUUUCCAGCUGCAGUCAGUCCAUCUGCCUCUUUAGAUGUAUCCUUUCAGACGUCAUUACUGAGUCUGAAAAUGGAACAAAAUGUCCAUGAAAUUGAAGUUGUAUUUUCCUGAAAUGUCGUUUUGGAGGAAGAAUCUUCUAUAUUGGACAUUGGUAUCUAGAAAGGAUGUUCAUGAAUGUAUGCGAUCUUGGCCUUUUCACAGUUAAUUUUUCUCUAAUUUGUUCUCUGUCGAUCGUAUGGAAAGUGCCAUUUAAAAACCUUAUCCUGCGUGGCAUUUACUUUUUAAUAACAUCAAAGUACAUAAUGUCAUGGUCAUUUUCUUCCUUUUUCACACAAAAUGAAUUGCAGCAUUUCUUACCACUGAACAUAACCCUUUCAAAGAUCACACCUGUCAACGUAACACACAAGGCCAUGCUACGUGCAAUACUAUAACAGUCAAGCUUGAAAAGUACUUGAUGAAAGUACCCGUUUUUGACCGGUGAAACAUUGACUGAAAUGUAUUGGGUUCUGGUUUUUAAAGAAAUUGAGCUUCACUUGGUUUUGUAGCUCAUCUAAUCUUGAUCUAACCACAUCUCUUUUAAUGCAUAUCCAGCUUUGUACAUCAUUCACAUUAUAACUAACAUGUUAGUCAUAUGAGCUGUCCUGAAGCAAAUGAAAAGAUGCACUAAACAGUUUUGUUGUGUUAAGAUUCAGAGCUCUGGUUGUUUUGUGUUCAGUUGUUUCUGGCUGAAAUGUACUACAGUAAAUUCAUUCAUUAAAUCCUUCACCUUAAAGAAGAAGCAAA